GGCGUGGUUUGGCUUUCCCGUUAAUUCCUGGGUCCUAGCGCCCUGUGGUUCCCAAAGGGAUGCGCUGCAGGUCGUGACCAGUUUAUAGUUGGCAGAUCCGUCACCUACGUUGCUGCUGAUUUCAGUUGCGGGUUGACGGAAAGGUUUUAGUGUGUCUUCAAGAUGUGGGGAACCAACAGUGUUUGAAGUUGUCCUUUUGCUGCAAAGAAUAAAAAUUAUGAAGAUUAUGUUCAGAGAAUGUAGUUAAAAGGCAGAACAUUAGCUGUCAUGAAUUCUACCUCUCAAAUAAAUUCUGUGAUUUCUGACAUUAAACGCAGGCACGGUGGAAAGACAUUUCUGCACAGUUGUGGUGAGCCAGACAUGGAUACUAAAGAAGAUUUGAGAAGGAAACUCCAUCAAGCCAAGAAAGAGAAACUGGAUAUAACUGCUAAACAUAAUGCAGAGCUAUCAAACUAUGAAAGCCAGAUUGCCAGGUUGCGAGCAGAAGUUGAAAAGGGUGAGGCUUUGCGACAAAGUCUGGAGUAUGAACUUGCUAUUGCAAGGAAGGAAGCUGGUCUGGAGCGGUAUUCAUCUGAAGACAAAUUAUGUGAAGCAAACAAAGAAAUUGAACAACUUCAAGCAACCAUCAUAGCUUUUCAGCAGAAGUUGAAUGAGACUGAGAGAGCCUUUCACAUUUCUCAGAAGCACUGGGAUGAAAAACAGCAAAGACUUGUGAGUGACAUCUCAGAAAAGGACCUCAUUAUAAAAACCUGCAAUAGUGAAUAUGAGUUACUUUUGAAGGAGAGGACUAAACUGGACAAUAUUUUGAAGGAAAGCAACAGUGCCAUGCAGAACGCCCACAAGAAAAUACAGGAUCUGGAACGGGAGCACAGUAGCUGCUCAGAAGUAUUGAGGCGGCAGGCUAAUGAAUUUGAAUACAAUGCUGAAAAAGAGGCUCGACUUAAAAAAGAACUUGAGAUAGCUGCAGCAAGAGUGAAGAAGUUGGAAGAAAACAUUGAGGCAGAGAGAGCAGCACACCUGGAAUCAAAAUUUAAUUCUGAAAUAAUUCAGUUAAGGAUUCGAGACCUUGAAGGAGCAUUGCAAGUGGAGAAGGCCAGCCAUGCAGAAGCACUUUCCAACUUGGAAAUGAUCAAAAGUAAAUUUAAAGAGUUAGAAAAUGCAUAUGAGAGAGAGAAGCUGAAUGCUCAAGAAAGCUUUGAAAAACUCAAUAUGCUUGAAAGGGAGUAUCUCUCCAUAAACAAGCAGCUAAAUGAAGAGAUAGAGGAAAAGAUCAAAAUAAUUGCAGAUCUCUCAGAGAGACUUCAGGAUAAUGAAAAAAGUUACAAGGAAUUGCAGGAUGAACUUCUACUGGCCAAGAAACGCCAGGCCUUCCUAACAGAGACGUGUGAAAACAACGUGAGAGAGCUGGAGUUACUCUUGGACAGCUUUACUGUGUCAAGCCAGUGGACAGCAGGCACUCACAAGGACAAAGAUAAACCUCCAAGCUUCACUCUUGUCCUUGAGACUUUGAGGCGUACCUUGACAGAUUACCAGAACAAGCUGGAAGAUGCAUCUAAUGAGGUAAAGAAAAUGACAAUUCUCUCUGAAAAGAUGAUAAAAGAGCUUGAUUCUUCGCAACAGCAAUUAAGAUCUCAGGCUCAAGAACUUCAGGAAGCUCAAAAUAACCUUUCUGAUGUUAGUAAAGAGUUAAAUCAUCGACAGGCUAAGUGUGCAGAUAGAGACUCUUUAAUAGCUACUUUAAAAAUGGAACUACAGAACAUACUACACUGUUGGGAGAAAGAAAAAGCGCGUACCACAGAAUCUGAAAAUGAGCUCCAGAAGCUUACACGGGCUUACCAGAAGGAUAUAGAGGAGAAGCUAACCUUCCUCCAUACGUUAUAUCAGCACUUGGUAGCGGGCUGCGUUCUCAUAAAACAACCAGAAGGCAUCCUGGAUAAAUUCUCCUGGCCGGAGCUUUGCACAGUCUUGCAGGAGAAUGUUGAUGCCCUGAUCUUAGACCUCAACAAGGCUAAUGAGAAGAUAUCUCACCUUGAAUAUGUUUGUAAGAAUAAGUCGGAUACCAUGAGGGAGCUUCAGCAGACCCAGGAAGACACUUUUAACAAAGUAGCUGAACAGAUGAAAGCACAGGAAAGCUGUUGGCUGAAGCAGAAGAAGGAAUUGGAACAGCAAUAUUCUGGACUCCUUGGGGAAGUUCACGCAAGGGCACAGAAAUACCAAGAAAUGGCAGAAAAUUCCAAAGAAAAGUUUGGCACUGCAGAAAAAAUACAGGAGCAACUACUCCUUGAAAAUACACACUUUAAAACUACAGUGGCACAAAUGCAAAAUGAGCACAUGUCUCUUCUGGCAGCUUGUGCACUGUUGUCUGGUGCUUUCUAUCCUCUCUACAGUCGAUCGUGUGCCUUGUCCACCCAAAGAGACUUCCUUCAAGAUCAGGUCAACACCUAUGAAAUGAUCAAACAGGAGAUUAGGACUCUGGCCAGUGCAUUGUCUGAUGCUGAGGAAAAGAAGCAAUUGGAGGGCAAGACGAAGCAAAAAAGGCAUAAAAGAGGCUUGAUACAUCUCUUCCGCAAAGGUGUUAUUGUAGUUCUGGCAGCCCAUAGACUUCAAACAUUGGGCCAGUCAUGCAGCUCCCUUUUCUCCUGGGUGGAUGGCUUCAGAGAAGGCAUAGGAAUCUUAGUUUGUGUAGGAGACUCCAAGGAUGCGCAUAACCUGUCAAGACAACAGAAAGAGAAAAUCCGUUCUCUUCAUGCACUCAGUUGGUUUACCAGUCCUGACCUGCUUGCUGCAAUUCUUAGUUCUUUGACUGAGCUACAGGAAGUGCUUAGCAAGACAGAUUUGAAUUCCUGGCUUUCGGGACAUUUACUUAUCAAUGCAGCAAGGAAUUCUUUUUCGAAAUUCAUGGACAAACUUUUUAUUGUGAUGGAAGCCACUGCAGUGGAUAGCAGCAGGAGCAUUACCUACAUGGAGAAAGAUUCAUUAGUUCAGAGACUGGCUCGUGGGCUACAUAAAAUAAAUGCACAGGCUCUUAAAGCAGGCAUAAAUGACAACAUUCCUGUUACGAAAAGCAUAGCGUCCUUGCAGAAGCAAAUAUUUGAAUUUACACAAAGGCUGCAUACAGCAGAAGUGGAACGGCGGUCACUGCGCUUAGAGCUCACGGAAUUCAAACGGAAUUUGAAUGAGAUGAAGAAAGAGGCUGACAAAGCCCAGAGCCUGCAAGAGCAAUUAAAUGCGUUUAAGCAAUCUAAAUUGAUCACCCACGAGAGGUUUGAAAGUGCAUGUGAAGAGCUAAAUAAUGCAUUACUUCGGGAGCAGCAGGCACAAAUGCUUUUGAAUGAGCAGGCACAACAGCUACAGGAGCUGCAGUAUAAACUGGAAUUGCAUUCCUGCGAAGAAGCAGACAAAAACCAUACCCUAAGUGAAGCUGUAAAGAGUCUCUCCGAGGCAAAGAUGGAGCUGAGAAGAAAAGAUCAAUCUCUGCGUCAGCUCAAUAGACAUCUUACCCAGCUGGAGCAGGACAAGCGUCGACUGGAAGAGAGCAUCCAUGAUGCAGAGAGUGCCCUCCGCAUGGCAGCCAAAGACAAAGAAUUAAUUGCUAGUCAUAUGAAAUCAGUGGACACUUCCCUUCAAAAUGUCAGAGAUCAGAUCUCGCUGUCACGGACUGCGGCAACCAGGAAUGACUUCACCCUGCAGCUACCUAAGCUGCACCUGGAGACCUUUGCAAUAGAAGGGCUGAAGGGCGGGCCAGAGGUGCUAGCUUUCCAGGCUAUGAUUGUAAGUUUUAUGGAUGUCUACCAACUUGUGGGGUCCAGAGUAUCCACACUAGAAAGAGAAAUAAUAUCCCAUCGACAUCACACUGCAGCUCUGAAAUCAGAACUCCAAACAGCGUGCCUUCGUGAGAAUGAAAGCUUUCACUCAGACUCAAGAAAUGGUUUCCAUAUCCGUACAACUUCAAGAAUGGCACCCCAGCUAGACCAGAGCUGUGUCCCAAACUUUUUGCCACUGAAGGCGGAGUCAGAUUAUGAUUCAUCUUUUACCCUGGUACAAAAUAGACCCCAUUCUCAGGCUUCUUCGUGCUAUUCUUCGACCCUAAAUAUCACAGCCAGCACCAAACGAGCGAUGCAAAAUGGAUCUUAAGAUAUGUCAUAUGAUAUUUUUGUAAGCAUUAAAAAUACCAAUUAAAAUCCUAUUUUAUUAGGAUAUUUUUAUCCUUUGAAUUGCA